AUGACAAACAGGACAACUGUGACUACAUUUCUUCUAGUUGCUUUUUCUGGCUGUUGGAAAUGCCAAUUUUCUAUCUUUGCUUUAUUUCUCUUGGUUUACAUUAUGACCAUCUUGGAAAACCUUUUGAUAAUUUUAUUGAUACUUCAAGAUUUAAGACUUUGGAAGCCGAUGUAUUUUUUCUUAGGGAAUCUGUCCUUUCUGGAAAUCUGGUAUAUCAGUGUAACAUUACCCAAUUUAUUGGUCAACAUUCUUACAGGAAACCGUGAGAUCUUCUAUAGUGCCUGCAUUGCUCAGUUAUUUAUCUUCACAUUUCUUGGAGCUGCAGAGUGUUAUCUCUUGUCCGCAAUGGCUUACGACCGAUAUAUUGCUAUCUGCAACCCUUUACAAUAUACAAUAAUUAUGCAAAAUAAUUGUGUCUUAUGUUUACUGAUUUGUUCUUGGCUUGGAGGUUUCUUGACUCCAAUCCUGCCCAUCUGGUUUAUGAUUAAGUUGGACUUCUGUGGACCUAAUCAAGUUGAACAUUACUUUUGCGAUGCUUCGCCACUGGUCAGGUUGGCAUGUGGGGACAAAAAAGUCAAAGAAAUUGUUGACUUUGUCGUGUCUGUGCUGGUUUUGAUAAGCUCCUUGUUGGUAAUCUUUAUAACUUACACUUACAUUACAUUAGCCAUCAUGAAGAUGUCCUCUUCCCAUGGAAGGUUUAAAGCAUUUUCCACAUGCAUCUCUCAUUUGUCUGUGGUUUGUAUCUUUUAUGGGACCAUGGGUUUCACUUACAUGCGGGUGGAAGGUGGUUCUACUUUCUCAACAAAUAAACUUAUCUCUGUGUUCUACUCCGUGGUCACUCCAAUGCUAAACCCUGUUAUUUACUCCUUAAGAAAUGAGGAUGUUAAGCUUGCAUUAAGAAAAGUGUUAAUUAACUACAAAUGUUUAAAGGGACAUAUUACUUGGUAG